CAUGGAAGAGGCCCCUCUGCUUGGCGGGAUGUCCAGUCCCGAGGAGGAGAUCGUGACAGACCUUUUCAGUGCAGAGAGUCCGUUUUUUCCUGAAAACCUUACCCUGAAAACCCCCGUGGUGGUGAAGCACGAGGAGGACGAGUUCCACGUGUUUAAAGACGCGUAUCUGAGCUCCGCGGACCCCAAGGAGCCCCUCCUGCACGCGUUCAACCCCCCGCUUCACGUGGACUGUGAGAGUCAAGUCAAAGUGGAGCUCGUGGUGGACGACAACGACGAUGAGGAGAUGCUCCGGGAGUACCCCAGUCUCCCCGAGCUCAGCCCCCUGGAGGACCCCGCGCUGCCUGUUGCCCCGCAGCCGCAGGCCUACAACGUGCACUUCCUGUCCUCCCUGCUGGCGCCGCACAGGAGUCCUGCUGUCGUGCCCCUGGGCGCCUGGGCCAGGGAAGGAGCCGCCCACCCCGGUGUCCGGGUGAUUCCAGUGGAAAUAAAGGAGGCAGGUGGUACAGUUAUAAGUAACAAUCCCGAGGAAGCAACUUUUCAGAACCCUCUUGGUCCAGAAUCCUGUUGCAAGUUUCCCUCAUCACAAGAAGCAGAGGACGCCUCUGACCACUCUCACAAAAAAGACUCUAACCCAAUGGUGAUAUGUCAGUUGAAAGGGGGUACACAAAUGCUGUGUAUAGACAAUUCUGGCACAAGAGAACUAAAAGCACUUCAUUUGGUUCCUCAGUAUCAAGACCAAAAUAAUUAUCUACAGUCAGAUGUCCCUAAACCAAUGACUACUUUAGUAGGAAGAUUUUUGCCAGUACCAGCAAAAUUAAAUCUCAUUACACAACAACUUGAAAGUGGAGCCUUCCCAUCCCUAGUCAACGGGUCUACUUUCCCUUCGGGAUCCACUCUUCCAGGACCACCAAAAAUAACUUUGGCUGGGUACUGUGAUUGCUUUGCCAGUGGGGACUUUUGCAACAACUGCAAUUGUAAUAAUUGUUGUAACAAUCUACAUCACGAAAUCCAACGGUUCAAGGCCAUUAAGGCAUGUCUUGAUAGAAACCCAGAAGCUUUCCAACCAAAAAUUGGGAAAGGGAAGUUGGGAGACGUGAGGCCUCGACAUAACAAAGGCUGUAACUGCCGGCGCUCGGGCUGCCUCAAGAACUACUGCGAGUGCUAUGAGGCCAAAAUUAUGUGUUCUUCUAUUUGCAAAUGCAUUGGUUGCAAAAAUUAUGAAGAAAGUCCAGAACGGAAAACCCUAAUGAACAUGCCCAACUACAUGGAAAUUGGAGGGUUUGAAGGCAACCAUCAUUUGUCACCAACUAAAUUCUCAGGACUACCAAAAUUCAGACAAGAUAGGCGCUCUUCCUCGUGCAUCUCCUGGGAGGUGGUGGAGGCCACAUGCGCCUGCCUGCUGGCUCAGGGCGAACAGGCCGAGAAGGAGCACUGCUCGGAGUGCUUGGCGGAGCAGAUGAUCUUGGAGGAAUUCGGGAGGUGCCUGUCACAGAUUCUCCGUAUUGAGUUUAAAUCCAAAGGGUUGAAAAUUGAGUAG